UAUGAAUGCACUGAGUGUGGAAAAUGCUUCCCUAGCAGCUCAGCCCUUUCUCAACAUCAGAGAAUCCACACAGGGGAGAGGCCCUAUGAAUGCAGUGAGUGUGGGAAAAGCUUCACUAGCAGUUCACACCUUUCUCAACAUCAGAGAAUCCACACAGGGGAGAGGCCCUAUGAAUGCAGUGAAUGUGGGAAAACCUUCAGUCGCAGCUCACACCUUAUUAGGCAUCAGAGCAUCCACACAGGGAAGAGGCCCUAUGAAUGCAGUGAGUGUGGCAAAAACUUCACUAGCAGCUCAAACCUUCUUACCCAUCAGAGAAUCCACACAGGGGAGAGGCCCUAUGAAUGCAGUGAGUGUGGUAAAUGCUUCAGUAGCAGCUCAGGCCUUUAUCAACAUCAGAGAAUCCACACAGGGGAGAGGCCCUAUGAAUGCAGUGAGUGUGGAAAAUGCUUCACUGACAGCUCAGCCCUUUCUCAACAUCAGAGAAUCCACACAGGGGAGAGGCCCUAUGAAUGCAGUGAGUGCGGGAAAAACUUCACUAGCAGCUCAAACCUUCUUACCCAUCAGAGAAUCCACACAGGGAAGAGGCCCUAUGAAUGCAGUGAGUGUGGCAAAAACUUCACUAGCAGCUCAAACCUUCUUACCCAUCAGAAAAUCCACACAGGGGAGAGGCCCUAUGAAUGCAGUGAGUGUGGGAAAAACUUCACUAGCAGCUCAAACCUUCUUGCCCAUCAGAGAAUCCACACAGGGGAGAGGCCCUAUGAAUGCAGUGAGUGUGGGAAAAUCUUCAGUCGCAGUUCACACCUUUUUAGGCAUCAGAAAAUCCACACCGGUGGGAGACCCUAUAAAUGCAGUGAGUGC